AUGUCAAUUCUUUCAUCAUGGAGGCAAUUUCAACUAUUUGAUUAUACGCCACUAAAAGACCCUAACUACCAAUCAAAUGAUCCUUUGUAUUCAGAUCCAACAUUAAGCGCAAUAAACGCAACCAAAUCAUAUAUCAUUAUAUCAGUGAACAACUCAACUUUAAAAAUCAUUAACCCCAAAGACAUAACGUGUGUAUGUCAAUUUCAAGCGUACGAAAUAGGAUAUAGAGUUACUUUCAUUGAACCGUUGAAAAACUCAAGUAAUUUGAUUAUAACUUUAGCUGAAAAACAAGGAUUUUCUUCGGUCAUAAAAUUAUGGGAUUUGACUAAGAUACAGAACCUUGAAAACGUCGAAGAAUCAGAUUAUAAGUUCAAAUUUCAAACUCAAGUCACCGUCAACAGUACUGGAAGCGAAGGAAUCGGGGAUAACUCUUUUCCUAUAAGUUGUUUCAAAUUUACCUUUGAUUUGACAUGCCUAGCAAUCGGAUACACUAAUGGUAAAGUUAUAUUAGUACGAGGAGAUUUGUUACGAGACAGAGGUGCAAAGCAAAGAGUCAUAUUCGAAAGUGUUGCAAAUGAUCCCAUCACCGGCAUACAGUUCAAUGAAAAAGAACAGAUCUUAUACAUAUCAACUACAUCCAAAAUUUUAACUGUCACCACCACUGGUAGAAAUCAAGGCAAGCCAUUAAGAAUACUAUCUCAAAAAUCUGGAGCUGAUCUACAUUGUACUGCGACUAGUCUGAAACAAGAGUUAAUAGUGGGGCUCCCUGAUUCAAUACGAUAUUACAAUCCCACCAGUAAAAUCAAGACAAUAAACUUCGAAAUACCAAAAUCUAGAAUUUUAAGAUAUCGUUCCUUCAUAUUAAUGAUUAGUCCUCAGACGGAUGAAAAACUGUCUAAAGUUCAAACAAGAAUAAUAAUAUUAGACUCAAAAAAUAAUCACAUAUCUUUUAAUUUAUUGAUUCCCAAUAACGCUAUAAGAUUUGUUUUUAAAUUAAAUGAAGAUAUAUUUUUUUUAUCAAAUGACGGUAUUCUUUACAAGAUUUUUGAAAAACCGAUAAAUCAACAAAUUGAACUGAUAUUACAACGAGAAUUAUUUACAGUAGCCUUUAGUCUUGCUAAACAGCACAAGUUGACAGCAGAUUCCCUACUUAGGAUCCAAAAACUUCAUGGGGACUAUUUAUACGAAGAACAGAAAUACAAUGAAGCUAUUAACGUGUAUAUCGAUUGUCUUGAAUUAUUUACUGAAAAAUCAGAAGAAGAUGAGGAAGAGUUCAUAAUGAAUAUAAUUACAAAAUUCAAAGAAGCUACAAACAUCAAUAACUUGGUCAAGUUUUUGCAAAAGCUAUAUUCCAAAUCAGUCGCUAAUGUUGAUCACAUCACUUUGUUAUUGUGUUGCUUAUGUAAACUAAAAAAUUUAACAGAACUCGAUUUAUUCAUUGACAAUUUCGAUUUAUCCAUUGAUAAUUUACAAAAUUUGAAUUUUCCACUUAUAAUCAAUUUAUUUAAAGAAUGUGGUUUUUUUGAACAAGUUUUAAAAUUAUUAUUCAAAUUAAAUCAAUCCGAUUUGAUAGUUGAUUUACAAUUAUAUGACUUGCAGAAACCUAAGCUUGCUUUAAAUUAUAUGAAAUCUUUGAAAAUUGAUGACUUGUUGAUUAUAUUAAUUGAUCAUUCAAAGAAAUUAUUAGAUGACUGUCCAAUUGAAACCACCGAGUUGUUAAUAAAUGUGUUUACUGGUAAGUAUAAACCUAAAGAAAUAGAGGGCCCAAAAGUAGGAACCAACAAUAACAACAAAAGUGAAGAAGACAUGGAGAAGUCAGUUGAAUUGACGAAUUACAAAGCGUUUUUGAAUUAUUUACUGCUUUCUAGCUCGGAAGAAAAUGAAGGUGAACUAAAAGCAGAGUCAAAUGGUGAUAACAAAAAUAUUACAGUCAAAGAACCAACUUAUCUACCUCCAAAGCCAAAUCUUAUCUAUUCCAGUUUUACAAAUCAUCCAAAUGAAUUUGUUAUUUUUUUGGAAGCUUGUAUUGAAGCGUUUGAUAAAUAUCAAGGGAACAUAAUGGAUAAAAAAGAGGUAUUAAUUACUUUAUUGGAAAUGUAUCUAUCAUUACAUAAAACGACGGAUCAAGAAGAAUGGUUGAAUAAAGCUAAUGAUCUAACAACCCAAUACCAAAAAUUACUAGAUUCCAAAUCAUUGUUAUUAUUGAGUCAUUUAUAUGAUUUUAAACUUGGGAAUGUAGUUGUUAAAGAAAAUUCAAACGAUGAGGAAGAUUUAUUUUUAACUUAUCAAACGAAUGAAGAUAUUGAAGGAUGUUUUAAAGUUCUUGAAAAAUAUGGAUCCAAAAAACCUAUCUUAUAUAAAUUAAUGCUUGAAACCAUCAUAUCUAGUGAAAAGAUCUAUAAAAAAAUAAAUAAGGAAGAUAUACAAAUUGUGUUGCAACAAAUAAGAAAGCACAAGCUAAUGGAACCAAUGGAAUUAAUAAACUUGUUAGUAUCUUCUGAGAACGAAUUUAUACAAUUUGGAUUAGUCAAAGAUUAUUUACUACAAUAUUUCAUUCAACAAGAACAAGAGAUUGUGAAUAAUGAAAAACUAAUAGAAUUAUACGAACAAGAAUCCAUUAAAAACUCGUAUAAACUAUCUGAAUUAACUCAUCCUUUUGUUAUUCAAAACAGCAAAUGUUCGUUAUGUCAACUAAAAUUGGAUUUCCCAAUGAUUCAUUUCAAAUGUAAGCACUCAUUUCAUCAAAAAUGUUUAUCUACAAAUUUGAUUUUAUAUAAGAAUGAAUACGAGAAUGACGAAGAGUUGAAUUCCUGCCCACUUUGUAUUCAAGAAAUCAAUGAGACUAAAGAAUUAAAGCAGCAACAGUUCAAGUUGAAAGAUAAUUACGAUAUUUUUGCUGACUCUUUAAAAAAUACUAAUGACUCGUUUAAAUUUAUUUCAGAUUAUAUUGGUAAGGGAGUGAUGGAGAAUGAAUCAAUUACUUUUGAACCUUGA